AUGCCCCCACCUACUGCCUCCAAUGCAUGGCUUGCAUCACGCCGGUUUGGUAUUGUGAUAGACGCGGGAUCCUCCGGGUCCCGUCUCCAAAUAUAUAGCUGGAAAGAUCCUCGUAUUGUGCGAGCGGAACCAGGGAGUCCCAACCAUGGCAAACUACCGAAAAUAGAAAAGGGAACGAUGGAUGGUGAGGAAUGGAUCAAGAAAGUUGAACCAGGCAAGACGGGUCUAUCCACGUUUGCGGAUAAGCCAAGCGGUGUUGCUGCGUACCUGCGCCCACUGUUGGCUCAUGCAUUAGUGACCAUUCCUCCCUCUCUUCAUACCCAAACGCCUAUAUUUUUGCUCGCAACUGCUGGAAUGAGACUCCUACAUCCUACACAACAAAGGGACGUGCUGAGAGAAGUAUGCGAUUUCCUACGUUUCCAUUCGAAUUUCAAGGUUGAUGACUCAAACUUUAACUCGGGGCUGGGUGCUGGACAUGGUUGCGGCUCGAGCGUGCGGAUUAUAUCAGGGGAAGAAGAAGGACUUUUCGGUUGGCUGGCUGUGAAUUAUCUCAUGGAUGGAUUCGAUAUGCAUCUGAAAUCCAAGUCAGCCGACUCCUCCGAAGCUGAUGGCUCAACAUACGGGUUCUUGGAUAUGGGCGGGGCAUCCACACAGAUCGCGUACGAGCCCUCGCACAAGCAACAAGCACUGCCGGAAAAUCAAGAUUCACUCGUCGAUGUCCGGCUAAGGCUACUGGGUGGGGACGAGAUCCGGCACAAGGUAUUCGUUACGACUUGGCUGGGAUAUGGAACGAACCAGGCCAGAGAACGAUAUAUCGACAAGGCCAUCAAGGAUGCGUCGACCGCAAGCACCACUCCGACUGUCGAAGGGGGCGCAGAUUUAUCCGUCGUUUUGGACCCGUGCCUUCCUGCCAAUCUCACUCGACGGGAGAAACACCUGGAUCCCGUAACUGGCUCUACGUCGCGCACGCUACUUGGCACCGGGUCCUUCAACGAGUGUCUGGCUGCAACAGAACCCCUGUUAAAUAAGCACGCGCCGUGCCCCGAUUCACGAUCCUGUCUCUUCAACGGCGUCCCUGCACCCCCGAUCGAUUUUUCUGUUUCUCGAUUUAUCGGGGUCUCCGAGUAUUGGUACUCGUCCGAGAACGUGUUUGGUCUGGGCGGCGGUUACGAUUUUGUGCAGUACGAGCGUGCUGCCAGUGCUUUCUGUGGCCAGAAUUGGGACGAGCUUGUCGCUGCGCAUGAUAAAGCUAGAGUGGAACACGGUAGGGAGGGCUUAGGUGGAGACGGCCAUACGGAAAAAUAUGGCGAAAUUGUCGAAGUUGGCCAAUGGGGGCGUAACGUUGAGCUCAAGCGUCUGGAAAUGCAAUGCUUCAAAGCGGCGUGGAUUGUAAAUGUUCUUCAUGAAGGCAUUGGCAUCCCGCGUAUCGUGGAUUCCCACGGUAACUCGACGGAUCAGGAUACCGCUGCCUCUGUCAGUAUCUCGGCCGAAGAAAAGGGAUUAGGGAAAACUCAGAGCUCAAAAAAACUCCCGUCUCCAACAUUCCAAAGCAUGGAGUCGGUCAAUGACACGGCGAUUUCAUGGACGUUGGGGAAGAUGGUUAUUGAAGCCUGCAAAGAUAUACCCCCCGCUUCUAAACAAGCCAUCCCAAUUGCGGAUCCAAUGCAACCUACUCCUCCAGUUCCCCCUCCUAAUCCCGUUCUUUGGGACUUUGAUGCCCUUGAGGACAGUAUUUCUCAUCGACUUCCACAGAGAUUGACCCGACAUUCGUUGGGAUUUUCGCCUGUUGCAUUCGCCUUUUACUCAACCGUGCUCACUCUUUGCAUAUACACCCUCUGGCGUAUGCGGCCGCGCCUACGAACGCUUACUAGGCGUUGGCGACGAAUUCUAUAUCCUACUGAACAGCUUGAUAGGAUGGAGUAUGCUAUGGAGGCCGGAAACACCGUAUCAAGCCCAAUGAUUUCUAGACCAGGGACUCCAUCUUUCUCGAACACCCACAACCACGCUGUAAAAAUCACUUCAGCACUUCGCACGUCACUGCGAGACUUGGCUGCUCCCAUCCAACGCGCGGCUUCCCCAUUUCAGAACAAACGGGCAUCUAGCUUCCCUCCCGUUAGUGGAUACGAAAGCGGAAACGGUUCUGGAAGCCCGGCUACUCCACCCACUGCUAGACCUUAUCACCUGAGCGUCAAUACACUGAGUGGUGCACGAAGUUCCGCUCCGUCGCCCAACAGUCCUGCUGUUCUCUCAAACGGACUGCUUAGAGAAACUACUAGUAGCUCCCUCCAGACACCGAUCUACUCGCUUUCGAGGAACAGCUCGUCUGUGAAUCUGACUACAAUAGUACCACGUACCUCGUCCGCCAUGUCGAGACAAACGACCAACGGACACACCCCGACGUCUUCUAUGAGUGACGACUAA